UGAGCAGCGUCACUUACUAAUCCCGCUAAUCCUCUAGAGAUGACCAAUCAGAGCACGAAACUAAAUAUUGGCGCCAUCAAUAUACGUAAAACUAGUAAGAGACAUGCGUGAAGAGUAGAUGUGUGGAGAUCGUUACUUCACAUCAGUUUACGCAGUUUUACGAUUUAAUUUAUACUUUUGUCGGAAAAUAAAAUUUACAUGCAAAAUGCCUUGUGAAAUGAUAACUCUUCAACUCGGUCAGUGUGGCAACCAGAUUGGCUUUGAGUUUUGGAAGAGGCUGUGUGCAGAGCAUGGUAUUAGCCCUGAAGGAAUAUUAGAGGAAUAUGCUACAGAAGGAACAGACCGCAAAGAUGUGUUUUUCUAUCAGGCGGAUGAUGAACAUUAUAUUCCCCGAGCUGUUCUGUUGGAUUUGGAGCCACGAGUAAUCCACACUAUCAUGAAUUCUCCCUAUGCUAAGCUGUACAACCCAGAGAACAUAUAUCUGUCAAAACAUGGUGGAGGUGCUGGUAACAACUGGGCAUCUGGCUACAGCCAGGGUGAGAGAUUGCAAGAGGAAAUCUUUGACAUAAUAGAUCGUGAGGCAGAUGGCAGUGACAGUCUCGAGGGGUUUGUGCUUUGUCACUCAAUUGCUGGUGGCACUGGUUCAGGCAUGGGCUCUUACCUUCUGGAAAAGCUAACAGACCGCUUUCCCAAGAAGGUUAUCGAGACGUACAGUGUGUUCCCAAACCAGGACGAGAUCAGUGAUGUUGUUGUACAGCCAUACAAUUCCCUGCUGACUCUGAAGCGACUGACACAGAGUGCAGAUUGUGUUGUCGUAUUGGACAACACGGCACUCAACAGGAUAGCAACUGACAGGCUGCAUAUUCAGAACCCUUCAUUCACUCAGAUCAACACUCUGGUGUCCACCAUCAUGUCAGUCAGCACAACCACGCUCCGGUACCCCUCAUAUAUGAAUAAUGAUCUGAUUGGUCUGAUAGCACCCUUGAUUCCCACACCUCGCCUGCACUUCCUGAUGACAGGCUACACCCCACUCACGACUGACCAAGAGGCUGCAUCAGUGCGCAAAACAACAGUGCUGGAUGUAAUGCGGCGCCUUCUGCAGCCCAAGAACAUGAUGGUGUCAACGGCUCACGACCGUAAUGCUGCUCACUGCUAUAUCUCUAUUCUCAACAUCAUUCAGGGUGAAGUUGACCCGACACAAGUUCACAAGUCUUUGCAGCGAAUUCGUGAACGCAAGCUAGCUCAGUUUAUACCUUGGGGACCAGCAAGUAUCCAAGUGGCCCUAUCACGCAAGUCCCCGUACAUUCAGAGUGCACAUCGUGUGUCUGGCCUAAUGCUAGCCAAUCAUACCAACAUUUCAUCGCUGUUCGAUCGUGCACUGCAACAAUAUGACAAACUGCGGAAACGAGAGGCAUUCUUGGAGCAGUUUCGUAAGGAGUCAAUGUUCAAGGACAAUCUGGAAGAGCUGGACCAUUCCAGGGAAGUUGUCCAGGAGCUAGUGGAUGAAUAUCAGGCAGCCACACGUCCAGAUUACCUGUCCUGGGGGACAGACCAGGCGAGUAUUGAUUCCUAAGGCUGUUUGUCCUGAGCCAUCCUAACAAGUUACUCAGGAACUUAGCCAUUGCUUUCCAGUUCAAGUUUUUUCUUUUGUCAUAAAUUCUUAAAUGUAACAUGCAGUUGGAUACAGGUAUCCCCUACUCUAGUAACAUGUGGUUGCACUUCAAAGAGUGGUCACAUUAACUUCACAUUUGUCUUAGUCCUUUUUCUUUCCACUGCCUUCAGUUUUCAUUGAAAAUAUUUGUAAUUCAUUUAACUUUAAUACCAUUCAUUUUAGCCACUUACAAUUUUUUUGUCUUUUAGACAUAAUUUAUUUACAUUUUAGCCAUCUCUUAAAAAGGUGAAUUAAAAGAAAAUUGUAUGAAAUCAGGUUAAUGUGAAAUUCACAAAGUCAAAACUGUUCAAGUCGAGGGGGGGAUACCUGUAGUGAUUGUGGAACUGAAUGUAUUGUCUCAAAGACAAUUUAUGUAGAGCUUUUUUAAUUAAAUUAUAUUUCUUGUGAAA